UCCCCGCGCUCGGCACCGCCCCGGCAGCUCGGCAGCAGCGGGCACGGCCGGCACCGCCGCUGCGGGGGAACCCGGGGGUGACACGGCCCCUCCGCAGCUCCUUCCUCCGGGAACAGCUUCCCUUCGGAGCCAUCCCGGCGCUGAAUCGCCUCCUGCUCGCCGGCGGCUGGGGAAGCGAAGGGCCGCGAUCAAAGCGUCAGUUCCAGCACACAGUGCGAAAGGAAAGAGGAUGGAAGAAGGAAACGCUGCCAAGGAAAGAGUCCUCAUUACUGGAGGAGGGGGUUAUUUUGGCUUCCGUUUAGGUUGUGCCAUGUAUCAAAAGGGAGUCGAUGUGAUCCUCUUUGAUGUCAUGAAGCCACUUCAAACCAUGCCAGAGGGAAUAAAGUUCGUGCAGGGGGAUAUCUGUUGCCUGUCUGACGUGGAAGAAGCUCUCAGAGAUGUAAUCUGCGUAUUCCAUAUCGCCUCCUAUGGAAUGUCUGGCAGGGAGCAGCUGAACCGAAAACUUAUAGAAGAUGUUAAUGUGAAAGGAACAGAAAAUGUCAUCCAGGCCUGCAAGAGCAGGGGAGUGUCGAGCCUGGUUUAUACAAGUACCUACAACGUGAUAUUUGGAGGCCAGAUUAUAGAAAAUGGGGAUGAGUCUCUGCCUUACCUACCUCUGCACCUUCACCCUGAUCACUACUCCCGAACAAAAUCUUUAGCUGAAAUGAAGGUGCUGGAGGCAAACGGUGCUGAGCUGGGAAAUGGCAGAGGUGUCCUAAGGACCUGUGCUCUCCGCCCAGCGGGGAUCUACGGGCCUGGGGAGCAGAGACACCUCCCAAGAAUAGUCAGCUACAUUGAAAAGGGACUGUUUAAAUUUGUGUAUGGAGACCCUCUGAGUCUGGUAGAGUUUGUACACGUGGACAACCUGGUCCAGGCUCAUGUCCUUGCCUCUGAGGCCCUCAGAGCCAGCAAGCAGCACAUUGCUGCAGGCCAGGCCUAUUUUAUUUCUGAUGGCAGGCCUGUCAAUAACUUUGAAUUUUUCCGACCGCUAGUGGAAGGUUUGGGUUACAAGUUCCCGACCUGGCGCCUUCCCCUCUCCCUUGUCUAUUUUUUUGCAUUCCUUACUGAAAUAGUUCAUUUUCUUGUAGGGCGCGUUUAUAACUUCCAGCCCCUGCUUACUCGCACGGAGGUUUACAAAACUGGUGUCACACAUUAUUUCAGCAUGGAGAAGGCCAGGAAGGAGCUGGGCUAUAAGCCCCAGCAGUACAGCCUGGAUGAAGUGGUGGAAUGGUUUAGAUCCCAGGGAUGUGGACCAAAGCCAAGAAAUUACACCAUGAUGCACCUGGUUAGGGAUGGAGGACUGCUUGUGGUGCUGAUUGCCAUGCUGGUCUCCUGGUUUCCAUCUGCAGUGACAUUUUCACUCUGAAAGAUUAAAUGCUGAGAACAGAAUUUAGUUAUGUUCUCUGUUUACUCUUAAGUUUGACAGACAGGUAAUAAAAGAUUUAAAAAAAAAUACCUAUUCAUGUGAUUGAGGUAAAUAACAGCUUUAUCCCCAAGGAAUGGAACUACUGAGUAAAAAGGUGUAAUUUUUUUUAUAUACUUUCUCUUCAAAGUAAAAUGGAUCAGAUCACUAACAAGAUGAAGCUCAGUAUUACUGCAAACGGCAUUUUAUUCUCAGGUACAACAACACAAUACAGGGAACGGAACAAAUGUCCUUAGGCUGACUUUCCUCCCUGAUGGGAUUAUACUCCUGAUCCCUGCCCUUUAUUCCCAAAGAGUUUGUGUUACAUGAUCCAGAGGAGAAUAAACUUAUUCUUUGAUCACAUUCCAAACCCCAGUUCUGCCUCCCAGCUUGGAUGUAUAUAUGCCUAACCAAGAUUAACUGAUAAACUGCUAGACAAUAAACAAAUGGGGCUUUCACAUGAGUACAUUCUGGUAUGCUUUCCUGAGCUAACUCUGAUAUCUAAUGACAUUUCUGGAAAAUGCACCAUGCUUAAUCUAAAUUACAGCAAACUGCUUGAAGCACCACAGAUUUGUAGAUUUUUCUAACAGUAAAAUAUGCCUGUUUAAAAUGAAUGAGCCAGCUGAAAGUGCAUUCAUAAAUAAAACCUAUGAUUUUUCCCAGCAUUAUUGAAUGGUUAAACAAAUAAUUCAUCAAAGACAUUUGGUGAGUGAUUGCAUUCAUAUUCCACUAUUUAUAAAACACUUUUAGUCUUUAAUAAUAUUUCUUUAACACCUGACACCAUCUGAAUAGAAUUUCAGCUUUUUAAUAGGAAGAUAAACACUUGCUAUGAGGAAACUCAUAAUUUUGUGGAAUUUUAAGGUUAGAAGACUAUGAGUACAGGUCACUAUUGUCCCAUGCAAUUCCCUCUGUCAAUUUAAUAUAGAAACUGAGAAACUUCACCUCAAAUGUUAAACACAAAGUUGUUUUCCCUUAACUCAUCAGCAGUGCAGCUUCUGUACCCUUUAAUGAAAGCAGAAUCCUUCAAGAAUUUAAAACUUCUCUUUAAACUUCAGUAUUUCUUUUUUAAUUGCUGAAGUUACACUGAUCUCAAAUUAAUAAUAACUUCCAUAUACUUCUGUUAAACUCUGCUGCAACUGAAACGGAGAAGUGAUGAAUAAGAAGCAGAGCAGUUCCAUUGCACUGUUAAAGGAUUCUCAGAAAACAAGAGGGCCUAAAUAGAGGAACCAAGCUAGAAAUCCUCAAACACCCCUGCAUAGAAGAUGCAGAUUUUUAUUGCUUAUGGUGACUGAAGACAGCAUUAUUUUUUGAUUGUUGAGCUGUCUUCUUGGUAAGUUUACUUUAAAAAAAAAAAACAGCCCACACUAUAGAUAACUUCUUGUAUUUUUUUUUUUGUUUUAAAUCUGAUUUUGUCCCUCAUUUCCCUACCAGUAAGGACAGAAUGAAAGAAACUAAAUUUAAUACUUAGUUUGAGGGACAGCUCAAGAGAGAACUCACUUUUUUUCCCCCUCUCUAAUAGCAAAUAAGCUGUUUGUGUAGCAGGAGUUAUAAAGAGCUUAUGUGCCUCCAACUGAGCACUGAUGGCACAAGGGCCACUCUCCAGGAGUCAUUAAUAUACAACAUCAUCUGCAGAAAGAAGAAAUCUCUUUAAUAAAACAGAAAAAGACAUUCAUGACCUCAUGAAAGCGCUGGGCCGAUGCUCCUUUCCAACAGCUCUGUUUUUUCAAGCAGAAACCACUUUGUUCUUUUCCCCUUUAAGUUCUCUGGCUUUGACACAAUGUUAUCAGAAAGAGAUUAAAAAUUCUAAUGCCAGCAGAAGACAAAACCAAAAUGUAGAAGAAAUUGCACAAGCCUGUUGCACAGAAACAACAUCAGUAUUUCAUGCCAAGUCUUGUAAAAAAAUUGUUUUUAUCAUCCGGAACUGAACUUCUGUGCCCCAGAGGAAUUUUCUCUGCUAUUUGUAAUCUUUUAGCAAAACUCAGCUACUGCUAUUUAUAAUUAUCUCAGUGGUGGGGUUAGUGAAAAACAUCCAGGAAGGGUCCUUAAGGCAUGAAUCCUAAAUCCAUACUGUCAAUACCAGCUGAGGUUCAGGUCCUGGGCAGCUUUUGAGGUGCAGCAGCAGCAGCAGCUCCUGGCAAGACAAAAAUAGCCCAACAAAACCCCAAAUACCAGAAGUCCUGCAGAAGCUGAGCUCAACACGUGAAGCUUUACAUCUGCCUGGAGUCAAGGACAGAACUCUCUGAUAACAGAGCACGAGGUACUGUUUUGUCCUACUGGCCCAAGGGUGUGAUCCAGCACAGGGGAUUAAUGUGGGGACACACCUCAGAGCCAUCAUCAGUGCACUGCAAAUUCAUUAAUCCCCAUCAAUUAGCUCCAUCUGUUAAAAAACAGAAGUCCUGACCACAGCAGAGGUGAAGGUUACACUUACUCGUUCCAAAAGUAAAACAGGCAGCCUGUGGCUUGAGAUACUCUAAAUUUGCUUGAAAAUUCCAUCCCUGUAAAGACUGUCACAGCUGCUCUAUUUGAAGUAUUUUACAAUGAGAAGUCUCUCUCCUUUUUCCUGGUUUUUGUCAUUACUGCUUGUGCAUGAAUAGCUGGGUAAAUUAGGGUAAUUAAUUCAAGUGUUGUGUCUCUUUUCAAAUUUUAAUUUAUUACCUGUUUUCCAGAAACUGAAUUGCUAGAAAUGCACCUAAAAACUGAAAGAGCAAAAUGAA